UCAAGUCAGAUCACAUAUUAGAGGGAGCGAGAUCUUGUGAAAUAUUCUACCACAACCAUCGUCAUGGCUGCUAUACCGGAACAGACGUUACUCAGUGGGUAUAAGGUACCAUGCGUUGGUCUGGGCACUUGGAAGUCAAAGCCUGGAGAAGUAGGGGCAGCUGUGACGACCGCGAUAGGUCUGGGAUACCGCCAUUUUGAUUGUGCGCUUAUCUAUGGAAAUGAAAAGGAGAUCGGAGAGGCAAUUAAAGAAGCUAUUGGUAACGGAACAGUCAAACGUGAGGAUUUGUUCAUCACUACGAAGCUUUGGAACACCUACCACAGCAAGGCCCGAGUACUGGAGGGGUGUAAGGAGUCCCUGACAAACCUCGGUCUGGAUUACAUUGAUAUGUACCUCAUACACUGGCCAGUUGCUACGAGGGAAAAUGUUGCAUUGUUUCCUAAAAGUCCUGAUGGCAAGGCUGAUGUUGUCGACAUAGACUUCAUUGAAACAUGGACGGCCAUGCAGGAUUUGGUAGACGAGGGUAUGUGUAGAUCCAUAGGUGUGUCUAACUUCAAUUCUAAACAGAUCCAGAGGAUUUUAGAUCUUGGUUUGAAACAUCCACUGUCAUGUAACCAGAUUGAAAUAUCUCCCUAUAAUUCCAACGAAAGGUUGCUACAGUUCUGUAAAUCCAAAGGAAUUGUCGUAGUGGCUUAUUCUCCCCUUGGAUCUGCUGAUCGACCUUGGGCCAAACCCGACGAUCCAAAGUUGCUAGAAGAGCCGAAAAUAGUAAAGAUAGCUGCUCAAUACAACAAGUCACCUGGUCAAGUUCUACUUCGAUGGGGUAUACAAAGAGGAUACAUCAUCAUACCGAAGAGUGUGUCUGCAACCAGACAGAAACAAAACUUUGAAAGCCACUCACAGCCCCUACUAUCCUUUCCACGAAGAAUUUUAGGAAUGGACAACAAUCAGGAAAACAUACGUUUUGUUCGACGAACGAUGGUGAUUCCCGUACACAUUUCAUUAUGCUUUUAUUCAUAUUCAUAAGAAUGUGAUUUUACAUAAAAUUCCUAUUUAACUCUUUUAAAAUAAAGGUAUGCUGCAUCUUAUCUAGCCUUUUGUAUUAUCGAUCAGCUGUGCUGAUGUAUUGGUCAUUUAUCUGUUACUCAUCAAAUCAAAGUGUGUUACUACAUGUUUAUCAUAGCAAUAUUAAUUGGAAAAUGCACUGCGUUGUGAUUUUAUAAGGAAUCAAAGACGACAAGAGACGGCAACAGGAGCUCAGAACAAUUCAAAACGAAAAGAAAGACAUAAUGUUCUUUCCAGCACCCAGAACCUCAAUCAAACAACAGAAGCAACAUAUUUAGGAGUCUAAAUCUAGGGAAGUAUGUAUGUCGCCAACAAUUCAAAACAAAUUGAACGCAGUUUUAAUCAGUGCAGGUUCUAAUUUGACAUGCUAACGUUUAAUGUCUUUAGCACAUAUUGAAGUUACUCUGGUAUAGACAUCGUUAUUCAGUAGUUUAUCGUGUAUUUGGACUGCAUUGAUACUUGGAAUAGACUUAAGAGUAUCGACACAAUUGCCAGGUUUUACAUUUGUAAGCAGUGGAGACGUUAUAUGAUGAUAAUGAUGGUUAAUGGAAAGCUAAUGGUCAAAAGAUCUAUAUAUUUAACCUCCAAAACAACACUUAGUAGAAAUGUGACACUAAUAUUAUUGCCUACGCAUUUAUUUAAGUCCAACGCCGUUACUAACACAUGAACUGUAACACACAUUGUUGAACUGCCAUAUCGAUUAUCAUGAGUGGUAGAAUUGUCCUAACAUUAAUAUCAACAACAACAUUAUUUAUGCUGACGUAGGCGAUUUGCUUACACCAUGAAAUAUCUUACUGAAUGAUUGUGAUAAUAAUUGGGUUUUGAGAACUUUGUCUCACCGAUACGGUGUUAUUCGUUGACCUUAUGAGGGCAUUGAAUUAUUUAACCUGUGUCAACAUAAAGUCAUAAUCCACUAUGAGACAUUACUGUUAGGAAGCACAAUAAGUCUGUUUGGUCAGAUCACUUGAAACUUAGGAUGUCGUUUUAGCUGGCAAUGGCAAUGCUAAAGUUCACCUAGCUUAGAGAAGGUCUGUGAACAUACGAUAUUUUAACCACAGAUAGAUUAUACCAGGCCAUAUCACUUAUCGAUAUUUGAAUUGUUGUCACGAAGCAGAAUUUUAUCAUUUAUUUGUUUAACUGAAGAUAAUAUUUGAAACAUCCGAUUUCACUAUUCGAUAUCUCAAAGUUUGUGUUAUCUCAAAAAUGUGUAUCGUAUAUGACUAACAGUCGAUUCGGUUCUGUAUUUCUCACUACUAAAUUGGCUGACAAUAGUUGUUAUUGUAA